GCGUGCUCCACGGCUCCUUUACGGUGGUGAGAUGAUUUAACCACUUGAACCAUAAAGAAACCUUACAUUCCUCAAAAUUCACUCUGCACGCCUCCUUUUUCUAUCCUCACUACUUUCUUAUUUCGGUGUCUCUACUCAAGAAACCAACUAUGGCUGAGGGCCUGGGGGUAGCGGGCGGCGUUGUUGGCAUCGUUUCACUCAGCAUACAGGUAGCAGAGAGACUCUUAAAAUACUACGAAUCCUGGAAGAAUCAAGACAAAGACAUCUCAGAUACAUGCGCAUCGCUCGAGAGCCUGCGAGGAACAUUAACAAUCAUAUGGAAUACUAUCCAACCACCUGCCAAGUUUGACAAGAGCAUAAAGGGCGAUGUUGAGAAGAAUAUCGAACUUAUCGAGGCGGCCGUAAAAGAGCUCAACGACGAGUUAAAAAAAGCGCAGAGCACAGAAUUACCUGGACAAGGUGCGCGAUCCGCAAUGCGACGUCAUGUACGAAGAGCUUUGUAUCCAUUCAAGGAACAAACGCUGCAUAAAAUCCAACAAGUUGUUUCCGAGGCUCGUGCAAACCUCGAUACAGCUUUGCAUGCAUUGCAACUGAGUAGAACCUCAGAUAUUCACCGCGAAGUCAAUUCGCUUGUACGAUGGCAAAAAGACGAAGAAACUCAAAACAUACUUCAUUGGCUGUCACCAGUGAAUUUCUGGCUAAAGCAAGCGGAUGUGUCCAGCCAAAGAGAACCUGGAACUGGGAAAUGGCUGCUUCAACAUCCAGACUUCCUUGAAUGGGCAGAGGGAAACAAGGAGGCCGUUUGGUGCUUCGGAGGCCCUGGGGUUGGCAAGACUAUACUUUCAUCCGCUAUCGUCGAGUUUCUAGAGAAUGAUUUGCCCAUCCAAGGGACGGGGCUUACAUUCGUCUACUGCGACCACAAACAGAAUCUAUUACAAAGAGUCGAAUUCUUUAUUGGCGCAAUCGUUCGGCAGUUAGUAGAGCGAAAGCAAACAAUUCCAAAAGAUGUCCAGAUUCUUUAUCAAAACCACCGAGGAAAAGGGACGACACCCACCCGCUCCGAGUACCUGGAAUUGCUUCAAUCUUUGAGUAACGAAUGUUCCGAGUUGUAUGUUGUUAUCGAUGCAUUAGAUGAAUGUGUCGAUAAGUAUGGAGAAAUGAUUUGGGAAGACCUCCUUACUAAUUUGAAGAGGUUUGUUACUAACCUACGUCUACUAUACACAUCACGGCAUAUCGACGAUGUUGGAAGAAUAUCAGCAGGAUCAAUUUGCAUCGAAGUACGUGCUAGCGACGCAGACAUGAGAGCUUACAUUCAAGCACAAGUCAAUUCUAAAAGUGUCUUGUUGGGAUUCUGUCAGCAAGAUACCAACCUCCAGAACGACAUUCUGCAAAAUGUGGUAUCGAGAGCUGGAGGAAUGUAAGUCCUUUACCGCUUUAUUACCACGUCCCAUGAUAUCUGAUACUGAGACUUCCAAAGGUUCCUAGCUGUACGACUUUUUAUCGAGUCUCUAGCCUCUCAAACGAAUCUUAGAGCAGUUACGAGGGCAUUAAAUACAAUGCCAGCAAAGCUCGAUGAUACUUAUGACCAGGCCAUGGAGAGAAUCAAACAGCAACCUCACCGAAGGCUUGCCCUGCAGGCUCUGACUUGGAUAGUGUACGCCGUUAGACCUCUUCAAGUUAAUGAAAUCCGACAUGCCAUAGCUAUUGAUGAACUGGAACCCGAUGAUCGAUCCAUAUCAGAAGAUAUGCUCACACUACCAGAACUGAUUGUCAACGCUUGUGCGGGGAUGAUUAAAAUCGAUGAAGAAAGC